GCCCAGAAGCCCUCGCGUCCACUCUUCUCCCUCCCCUCGCAGAGUCGGAGUGCUGUUUUUGUUGUUGGUGAAAGGUGAGGGAACAGCUGAUCCGUCUGUGGGGAAGGCAGGUCUCUGGAGAGCAGGAUGGAAGAAUCAUCGCUGAGCCGGGCACCAUCCCGAGGUGGAGUCACCUUUCUGAAUGUAGCACGGACUUACAUCCCCAACACCAAGGUGGAAUGUCACUACACCCUCCCCCCAGGCACCGUGCCCAGUGCUAGCGACUGGAUUGGCAUCUUCAAGGUGGAGGCUGCCUGUGUUCGGGAUUACCACACCUUUGUGUGGUCUUCAGUGCCUGAGAAUACAGCUGAUGGCUCCCCUGUCCACGCCAGUGUCCAGUUCCAAGCCAGCUACCUGCCCAAGCCGGGAGCCCAGCUCUACCAGUUCAGGUAUGUGAGCCGCCAGGGCCGUGUCUGCGGACAGAGCCCCCCUUUCCAGUUCCGAGAGCCGAGACCCAUGGACGAGCUGGUGACACUGGAAGAGACUGACGGUGGCUCUGACAUCCUGCUCGUUGUCCCCAAGGCCACCGUGCUGCAGAACCAGCUGGAUGAGAGCCAGCAAGAGAGGAAUGACCUGAUGCAGCUGAAGCUUCAGCUGGAGGAGCAGGUGACGGAGCUGAGGAGCCAAGUACGGGAGCUCGAGAAGGUUCUGGCAAGCACCCGGCAGGAGCACGCGGAGCUGGUGGAGCAGUACAAGGGGCUUUCCCGGUCCCAUGGGGAGCUCACCGAAGAGAGGGACGUCCUCAGCCAGCAGCAGGGAGACCACGCAGCGCGCAUCCUGGAGCUGGAGGACGACAUCCAGACCAUCAGUGAGAAAGUGCUGGCGAAGGAGGUGGAGCUGGACAGGGUGAGAGACACGGUGAAGGUGCUGACGCGGGAACAGGAAAAGCUCCUGGGGCAGCUAAAGGAGGUGCAAGCGGACAAGGAGCAGAACGAGGUUGAGCUCCAAACGGUGCAACAGGAGAACCUGCGCUUGAAUCUGGAACUGCAGGAGGCCAAGGGCCGGCAGGAGGAGCAAAGCGCUCAGGCACAGCGGCUGAAGGACAAAGUGACCCAGAUGAAGGACACCCUAAGUCAGACCCAGCAGCGGCUGGCGGAGCUGGAACCCCUGAAGGAGCAGCUGCGCGGGGCCCAGGAGCUGGCAGCCUCGAGCCAGCAGAAAGCCGCCCUCCUCGGGGAGGAGCUGGCCAGCGCUGCGGGCGCACGGGACCGCACCAUGGCCGAGCUGCACCGCAGCCGCCUGGAAGUGGCAGGAGUCAGCGGCCGGCUGGCCGAACUCAGUCUGCACUUGAAGGAGGAAAAAAGCCAGUGGAGCAAGGAGCGGGCUGGGCUGCUGCAGAGUGUGGAGGCAGAGAAGGACAAGAUCCUGAAGCUGAGUGCAGAGAUCCUGCGGCUGGAAAAGGGGGUUCAGGAGGAGAGGACCCAGAGCCAAGUGCUCAAGGCCGAGCUGGCUCGGGAAAAGGACUCCAGUUUGGUGCAGCUGUCCGAGAGUAAGCGGGAGCUGACAGAGCUCCGCUCCGCCCUGCGCGUGCUCCAGAAGGAGAAGGAGCGGCUGCAGGAGGAGAAGCAGGAACUGCUAGAGUACAUGAGGAAGCUGGAGGCCCGCCUGGAGAAGGUGGCGGACGAGAAGUGGAAUGAGGACACUGCCACGGAGGACGAGGAGGCCACUGCCGGCCUGAGUCUGUAUACCCCCUCCUCGGGAUGCCUCGCUCCCCCCGCCCCGCUGGGGAAAGCCCCCCCUGACUCCUCUGGGAGCUGCCUUCCAGCUGUCUUGCCUUGUCCCAGGCCCUGGCCCCUGUUGGGUGUUUGCGCCCCUCAUCUGGAGGGACCGAGUUGCAGCCCCCCUCAGCGACACAGCCUUCCUCCUCCCUCCCCGCCCUCGCCUACAGGCUGCCCGGCUGCUCUGACAGACUCGGAGGACGAGUGUCCCGAAGACAUGAGGCUCCCGCCCUAUGGCCUGUGUGAGCGCGGGGAGCCGGGCUCCUCUCCCGCUGGGCCACGAGAGGCUUCUCCCCUCGUUGUCAUCAGCCAGCCGGCUCCCAUUGCUCCCCACCUCUCAGGGCCAGCUGAGGACAGCAGCUCUGACUCGGAGGCUGAAGAUGAGAAGUCAGUGCUGAUGGCGGCUGUGCAGAGUGGGGGCGAGGAGGCCAACCUGCUGCUUCCGGAGCUGGGCAGCGCCUUCUACGACAUGGCCAGUGGCUUUGCAGCGGGUGCCCUGUCCGAGGCCAGCACUGGCGGGCCCGCCACGCCCCCCUGGAAGGAGUGCCCUAUUUGCAAGGAGCGCUUCCCCGUGGAGAGCGAUAAGGACACCCUGGAGGAACACAUGGACGCACACUUCUUUUUCAGCACCCAGGACCCCUUUGCCUUUGAAUGAGUGCACCCCCUCGUACACGCACACACGCGCACACACUCACACUCACGCGCAGCACAGCGCGGGGCUCGGGCCCACCUGCGUCACCCAGGCCCAGGACAGCGCUCCCGAGGACCAUCCCCAGGUCCCCGUUCUCCCACGCUGUCGACCCCAUGCUGCCUACCAGGCCCUUCUGAGCAGGCGGGGACCCCUUUUGGAAGUAGUGGCUGAAUGUACCCCCUAAACGCGGUUUUGGAGGAACGAGGAUGGAGGAGGCCUUCCCAAAGGGGAUAGGAAAACCCUCUCCCAGCCCCGGUCGCUCCUUCACUCGGACCAGCCACCACACACCGCCCCGCACACACACACACUCGAGCACUCACCUCACACUCCCCUCAAGGCCCCAACGCCAGUCGGGGCGCCCACCCCCUCUUACUGUGUUUGUUUACUUGACUUCUCUGGAGCCUGCUUGAGGAAGCCGUGGGCUUCCGGCGCUGCAGGCCUCUUUCAGUUGAGCUUCAUUGGUUCUUUCUGCGCCCCCUUGCCUUCCACACCCCAGCGCUCUUUCCCAUACCAUGAGAUAUUAAGUUUGGAGGGAUCUUUUGUAUUUUUGAGGUUUUCUGCACUCUUGCCUCCUGCCCUCCCUGCCCUGCCCCCAGUGUCCUCACGGGAACAGAAACGACGCACUUGUGCCUUCUGUGAGGGAUGGGGGCACACUGGGCCCAGGUACCCUACUUUCCCAGCCCCUCCUCCCUCUCCAGGCCCCCACAGCAAUAAGAGCUUCCUUCAAUAUUCUCUCUUCUGCCUGUAGUUUAGACAAAUAUAUUUAUAUGAUAUGUAUAACUAUUCUAAUAAAAUGUGUUCUUAUCA